ACAGUUUAAUUUAAAACUUUCUCCGACAUGGAUGUACAAAUAAUCCUAGAGGGUCCCAAAAUCUCACCCAAUUCAUACUUGAAACAAAAUUUGGGCCAAUUUUUCUUUGAUUCCGCCACAAAAUUUAAGGACCGGAUAUGUCAAAUUGAUGCCAAAACCGAUAAGAGCGAAACAUUCCUAAGUGUUAAACAAAGAAGUGUUAGAGUCGCUUUGGAGAUGCAAAGCCGCGGAAUAACACCAAAUGAUGUGAUUUUGACUUGUUCUAGAGUAACUCUAGACACACCAAUUCCCAUAAUUGCUGCUUUUUAUCUCGGAGUUAAAGUUGCAAACUCAGACCCAACACUUUCAGUGACACAAACGGCUCAUAUGUUAUCACUUGUAACCCCAAGAAUGAUUUUCGUCGAAGAAACCUCAAUCAAUAUAAUUGAAGAAAGCCUCAAACACGCAAAUCUUCACUCAGAGAUUGUUGUUUUUGGAAAAUCGGACAAAUAUCCAACACUUGACCAUUUUGACCAACCCAAAGAAGAUGAAGACAAAUUUCACCCUCUUUCUGUCAAUAUUCACGACACAGGUGUGAUGUUUUUUAGUAGUGGCACCACAGGACUCCCGAAAGCUAUCUGUCACAGCCAUUUCAGUUUCCUAAAUCUUAGUUCUUGUUUUUGCGAAUCAGCACUUAAAGUUGACACUACACUUUCUUUUACUACAUUUUAUUGGAUAUCAGGACUCAUGAUGUUGACUUGCUCAUUUUUAAAAGGUGGUUGUCGAAUUGUCUGUAGUAAAGUACCAGAAGCUAAAGACGUUUUUGGAAUAAUUCAAAAAUAUAAAGUAACUUGCUUGUUUUUGGCACCAAUUUUAACGUAUCCUCUCACAAAUUUUGAAAAUAGUGGUAAUUUUGACACUUCUUCGCUUCAUUCAAUUUUAACAGGUGGGACUGCUAUAAGCGAACAACAAAUGCGUAAACUUUACACUACUUUUAAACACACUUGUGUUUUAUUUGCCUACGGGAUGACCGAAAUUGGAAUGGUUGGAAUGUUUAUACCAGAAAAUGAUAAAGCUAUAAUGGCGAGAAAACUGACUUCUUGUGGGAAAGUCGCAAUUGGGGUUUCACUGAAGUUGGUCGAUAUUGAAACCAAUAAAACGCUGGGUCCGAACCAGAAAGGGGAAUUUCGGGUCAAAACCCCUUUCAUGAUGAAUGGGUACUACAAGGCCGAUUGCUCUGAUAUUUUCGACGAAGAUGGGUUUCUCAAGACGGGAGAUGUGGGUUAUUAUGACACAAAUGGGUGUUUAUACAUUGUGGAGAGACUUAAAGAAAUGUUCAAGUAUCUAUCAUGGCAUAUAGUUCCUUCGGUAAUUGAAAAUGUCUUGCUUGAACAUCCUGAAAUCAAAGAAGCGGCUGUUUUUGGGAUGCCUAUAAAUGAAGAAGUUGGGGAAGCACCAGCGGCGUGUGUGGUUUUGCACAAUGGAAGUAAAGUAAGUGAAGAGGAAAUUGGGGAGUUUGUUGCAAGUAAGUUGUCGGAUCGAGAGAAACUGAGAGGAGGGGUCUUUAUAGUCGACGAACUUCCAAGAACACCAAGUGGGAAGUUGAGGAGACGAGACGUUAAAAAUUAUAUUUUAAGUUUAAAUGAAAAGAACAAAUAAAGUAAUGGAUAAUGAUCUAUAAAUUUCUGUAUUUUUUUGUUGUAAAAAAACUGCUUAAAUGAA